AUGCCUUUCAAAAGACAUGGCCGUCAGUAUGACAUUGUCGUGUUUGGUGCCACGGGAUAUACGGGCCGGUUGACUGCCGAGCACAUGGCCAUCAACCUGCCCCCCGAUCUGAAAUGGGCAGUGGCUGGUCGCUCAGAGGACAAGCUCUCUCGGCUUGUCGCUCGAUGCAAGUCUUUAAACCCCAAUCUCGUCCAGCCGGAAAUCGAGCUCUGCAACCUCAACCAUGACGAGCUUGCCGCAUUGGCCAAAAAGACCUUUUGUCUAAUCACAGCCGUCGGCCCCUAUGCCCUCCAUGGAGAAGUUGCCUUUAAAAUCUGCGCUGAGGCUGGCACCCACUAUUUGGACUGCACCCCCGAGGUUCCAUGGACCUUGGAGAUGAUCCAGAAAUACGAAGCAACCGCCAAGGUAACUGGGGCAUGCAUGAUACCCCAAUGCGGAAUGGAGUCAGCGCCAUCAGAUCUCCUCACCUGGGCUGUUGUAGCUGAAGCUAGGUCGAGAUUCUCAUCGCAGAUAGCCGAUGUCGUAAUGAACAUUCACCAGCUUUGCUCCCUCCCAUCCGGUGGAACAUUAAGUACUAUUCUGACCUUUUUUGGUCACUAUCCUCUCAAAGUCCUUCGUCGGUCUAUCGAGCCGUAUGCCCUAUCGCCAGUUCCCAACAACCUCCCACUUCCACGACGUUCUUUUUGGUCUUCGAUCACCGGGGUACACAAAAUACCCGGUCUUCCCUUACUAUCAACGAGCAUAAGCGCCAAGGCGAACGAAGCCAUUGUGUUUCGCACAUGGGGCCUAUUCAAACAAGAACCAGCCUUACAAAAAGAAUUCUACGGGCCCAAAUUCACAUAUCGAGAAUUCAUGUAUGUUCCUGGUCCGAUAAGGGGCAUGCUAAUGCAUUACCUGAUUGUCAUGGGGGGCUACCUUAUGCUGUUGGGCCCCUUUAGGGCCUUUGUUAGGCUAUUUGUCUUUGAACCCGGCGAUGGUCCGGACACUGAAAACGCCAAGGAGGACGUCAUUGAACUGCAGGCAAUUGGUAAACCUGACUCUGAAUCUGAAGUUAACAAGCAAGUUUUUGGGAAGCUUUCAUACAUUGGAAGCAUGUACUACCUGACGGCUGCUCUCCUUGCGGAAGCAGCAAUUACAAUGUUACAAGAAGAUAAUGGUACGAGACUAACAGGCGGAGUAUACACGCCAGCGUGCCUUGGCCAAGCUUACAUCAACCGUCUUCAGGAAGUGGGCUUCAAGUUUGAUUUGGAAAUACGGAAUGUGGACAGGUGUUUUGAAUUGUAG